AAGCACAGAGCAGCAUUUCUUUCGCCAGCAGAGCCGCUGAUACGCACCUUUUCACGCCCACCCAACCGCAGCGCAGGUACUUGCUUCGCCUAACAAUCCUUAGCAAAGUUAUGGAAGCUCGAUUCCGUCUUAUUUCUACAGCCUAAACCGAUGCCUAAACUACAACUCUCAUGCGUAGUUUGAUGCUGUCGCCAUAGCUAUUUUCCACCCGCGCACAUCCUUCUCGCUGCUCAACAUUUGAAACAACUUCCAGGCACAUCCUCUGGAGAUAGAGGCCUUGUCUUCCACACGCGGAAUCAACCAGAGGACCGCUCUUCACGUAACCUGCUCUCUCGCUGUCGACUCAAAUCUCCAGCCAUGGGCGUCAUCGACUUGUCCACAUUUCGCAUCAGCUCGCGCCGCCGAGGACCCGAUAUUCGCGGUCGCCUUUCCGCGCUUGCCGAAUCCGGCCCUGGAGGAGACCUUGCUGCUCAGACCGGAGAUCACGGGAGCGGGAAUGACGGCAGGGGUCCCCAGGCAUUGAGGUGGAUGCCUCGAUCGAUUAGCCUCACUGCUGCCAAUAGCGCCGCUUCGGGAUUUUUUACGCAGAAAUCCAUCGCGGAAUCUCGCGAGAAGGAGGAUUUUCUUCUUGGGGAUGCCGAGGUGGAGGAAUGGGGGAUGAUCGGAUUUGAUUCGUCGACUGCCGGCGACGAUUCGCACGGAUUGGCGAAACGCGGCGAGGUUGCGUCGUCAUGGGAAUUCGACGUUCCCGCAAAAUCGCGGAGCUUGUCGCUGCGAAGUUUGGCGAAGUACAACCUCGCGUUUCGCAAGCAGCCCGUCCUCAAGAGAACGCUGUCGUCGAUCUCGCUCGAAUCCGAACCCGAAGACUGCAGCACGCUCGAUACGAGCAGCAGCGUUACUCUCGAUCGUGCUCAAUGCAAUAACUUCAGCGGCGCGUUGAAUUUCACUCAUGCUCGGAACAGCAGCAGCGGUAGCACCAACCUCGUUUCACCAUCAUUAUCAUCUUCAUUCGACUCGAAACAGCGAGAAGUUUUGUGCGACGCGGAGUACGAAUGCGCGUCGGAAACCGCCAGCAGCAGCGAGUGCGGCUCGGUGGUGGGUGACAGCGAAUCCAGCGAUUGGUCGAACGACAAUCACGGUUACGUGGCGUCGUCCGGUUGGAAGGAGUGGGACGUAGAGGAACGUACCUCGAAGGUUCACGACGAGAAGAAGCAGGAGAAAUGGAUCUCAUUCGUCCGCGAGUUUUUUCCCGCCAACCGAGCCGGGCCCAUCCGGCGGCUCGUCCUGAGGCGCUUCGGCGGGAAUCGGCGGGAGAGAAUGCACGUGUGGGCGUAGGCGAGUUCCGUUCAGGCGCUUCGGAGCAUACUCCGUAGUAUCACGCACUUCGUAGUGUCACGUGCUAUUUAGCAUCAUGCGCCGCUUUCUCGCUUGUGGUUUGUCUCAAAGCCGCAAGGAGCCUGAACGCGAGGGAGGCAUACAGACAGACGGCGAGGGCGUGGCAACAGACCCAUCGCGAGUCAGCAGUUGCGUAGCGGUUUGCACUUGUUGGCGCAGCAGCAGGAGUAGGAUGAGCAGCAGCUCGUGAAGUCACCAUGGGGAAGACUUUCAGUAUUAUUGCCAAUAGUACAUACAGGUUGAAGCAAAAGUUGUUAUCUUCUCUCCACUCCCCUCUUCUCCCCUUCCCUCCCCUACCCUCCCCAUCCCUUUCCACCCCCCCCCGGUCCAGCAUAGUGUCUCACAUGCAGCAGAUAGCCUGCUACGCAAAAUCCCCCCCAGCCGGCGUAGACAGACCACUCACUGUCUCUUUAGUCUAGCAUGGUAGCAUCCCCAACAAUGGUUUCUUAUCUACCAAUUCCAUGGCCUUGUUUGGCCAGUACGUAAUGAUUUAAGUAAUCCAUGUGGAUUUUAAAUAUAAAAGGUUGCACUUU